ACUUUCAGAUUUUCGCGCUAGCAGACGUGUGCGUCUCUAACUCUCGACGUUUGAGUGCCGUAUAAUUUGAGUGUUUUUCCCCCUUAGGUUGCCUGUUUGUGUAUGCCCCUGCAUUUAAAUCAAAUUAAAAAAGCCGCACCCCAAACCGGCGUCAACAUUAAAUAACUGCAUGCAUAAAAUAUACCAAAAACAUACGCUUAAAUUAAACGAUAAAAAAGGGAAAAAAUCGCGGCAAACCAAAAGGACACGGGAAGCGCAGGAUCGAGCGAUUAGUUGGCCGGCCGACUGCUCCCGCCCGAAACUAUUAACUAAUUGAGCACUCCGUGGAAGGUCCACCUUCGAGUCCGGCACAUUUUGCACGUCAAAAUAGGCUCCGGACAGAGUCACAGCCUCUGCUAUGGCGGCACGAUGGGCAACGGAUACUUUCGAACGUCACAAACGUCGUCGUCGUCGCGCCAGCGGGAAAAGCGUGGCAAGGACAGCUAUAGCUACCAGCACAAUUACGUGGAUCGGGUGCGCUUAGAGGACACCACUGGUGGACAUUACCACAGCAGCCAGCACCAGCAGACCACCCAUGAUCCGAGGUGUCCGCAGUUGAGAGCCGCUGGCUGGAGGCACACACACAAAUCCGUUUCCCAUCUCGACUUGGCCACCAGCUGCCAUGACGCAGCUGGAACUGGCUUAGGUCGCCACUCGCAGCAGCUGCACCACCACCACGCCAACCAGGUGAAUCCGCACCACCAGCAGCAGAGCCACCACCAUUUGCAGCACUCGAGCUCGAACUCGAACUCCCACCAUCAACACGCCCAGCCCCACUGGACGCAGUGCCGGGUGGGCGGGGCCGGAAGCGGAAACGGGCAGCUGAGGAACGCCCGAUCGCUGGACUACACGCAACUCGAGCGGGAGGAGAACGCCUUGGACAUCGCCGAGUUCUAUUGGCGAUUCGAUGCGGAAGCUCCGCUCGACCAAGUCGAUAGCUAUGCGGUUCUACCAAUUGACGACAACUUCGAGCCCUCGGCUGCAACACCAACGGCAGUAGGAGCAAAGGAGGCAGCCACAACCUGCACCACCACAGUAGCCACCAAGGCAAAUGGUGGUGCCACCAACACCACCACCACCACCACCACCACCACCACCGCAACCAGUGUCGCUGCCAACGCCCUGCUGGACAUUUUGGGCAGCGAAUCGUGCAGCUUGAGGAGAUCGCGCAGCUUGGCCGUAAUACGUGAGGAGACAUUUAGCGAUCUGCAAAUUGGAUCGGCCAACAGCAGUCGUCGCCGAUCGCAGCUAAUACCGCGUGCCCGGCUCGUCAAUCGCGGAUUUUUCCGUGAAUCGCCCCGAUUGAACGGCAAACCGCAUCAGACGACCUUGUUGGGUGAGCAGCCAGUGGAUCAGCCUACGGCGGAUGACACUCAAAGCCAGAGAAGCAACUCGGGCACUUGCGAUUCGCAUCAGCAGCAACAGCAACAGCAGCAGCAGCAGCACCAGCAGCAGCAACAUCAGCCGCAACAACAUCAGCAGCAGCAGCACAGGCGGCUUAGCAGAGAAUCGCGUGACUUUGAUGUCUACUACGAUAAUUUGAAACGCUUGGACGCCUUGGCUUUGAAUCUUAGUGAGCAAUUGCAUCCUUGGCACAACGACAAGAGCGACUUGGAGAGCUUGAACUCGGAUUACUUCAAAAAUUCAUUGCAUCAGAACCAUCUGGAUCAACAGCAACCAUCUUCCCUGGAAUUCGAAGCCCUUGAGCAAGUGGCAGCCAGUUUGCUCAAGGAAAGACCCAGGAUUUAUCAGUCUAGGCGGCAGCAGCAGAGCAGGAAUAACCAUCACUCCAACUGCCUGCAACGACACCUGGACACUGGGGGAGAAUCUUGUCCAGAACACAGCCAGAGUAGUGUUUUCCCAGAGACUACAACCAGUAAUUCAGAUGAUCAGACGGAUAGUCCAUCGCUCUCGGAACAGGAAUACGACCUAACCCACAUCGAGGAGAUCUACCAGCAGGGUAACAACGGAGAGGAGUGCUACGAGAUUAUAAGUCUUACGACCACUACAAGGACACGUUUCGAGAGCAGUGAGGAGGGCGAGGAGGAGCAAGCUGGAGAGGAGGUUGUGGACAGUCUGACCACGCCCACGGAACCACAGACCAGCGACAGUGAGAGCACCUUAAGGCAAAAUCACAACGAACAGUUGGACAAACUCAUCGCCUAUGAUUCCGUUUACCUCUCCUCAGAAGAUAGUUCAGAUUGUACUUUAGUUGGCGAAUGUUGCGAGUCCUUUGAGCAGAGAACUUUCACUAGUUGUGGCGAAAGUGGUGAGUUGGAAACCCGCAGCCUACUGCACAUUUCGAUUGAGGACACGGUUUACGAACCACAAGCGAAGCAGCACAAAAAGGCCACAAAUCAAGAAGAUCAACCUGCUCCUCUGCUAGCCACCACAGCCAAAGUUGAGGCACAGAUCUUUACGCAGGUUUUGAAAGUAGAACACACUCCGAAACCCAAGAUCCUGGCAGUAGUGGAAAAACGUAAGCUCAAGCAGGAGGAAGUCAAGCAGCAACCGCCGGAACUGAAACGCCAGGCAACCGACUCCUUCGUGGUCACUGCCAACAAGUCCAACCUCGCGGAGAAUCAGUAUCACAGCCUGCCGGAUGUUAAUAUAGGAGUGAGUCUGAAGGUCUGCGAGAACAUCGACAAGGAGCUCAGAUCAUCCUACAACCAGCAAAGGCAGCAGCAGCGCAAGGAGGCCAAAAAGGAGCAGCAGGUGACCAGGGCAGAAACGUACGAUUCCAUUAGACGUUUUGGACGCGCCCAUCAGAAAGCCAGGCAAAGGGAAUACCAGGAGAGGGAGAGAGAACGUGAAAAAGAGGCGUCAGCGGUUCUUCAGGAAAAGGAUAAGGAAAGGGAAAAAGAAAAGCCAAAGAUAAACAAGGAAUUUUCCGCACAGGAGCGGCAAAUUGAAGCGAAAGGUACGACAAAGUCUCAAGCUAUAAUCAAGGAAAUAGAGCGAAUUUCUAGAAAGGACGAGGCUGAGGACGACGAGGAAGAGGAACCACUGCCACCACCGCCGCCACCUUUGACCGAGGAAUCUCAUCUAGAGCAUUCUGCGGCGGAUGUAGAAGAGGAGGACAAUCUGUCUGUGUCCAUUUCACAACCGGAACAACCCAAGGAGGCGCCCGUCAUUGAGGUGGCCAAUUUCAGCAGACUAAUCGAGCGUCGUGCUCAGGAAAUCCGCGAGCGACAGGAGCAAAUAAAGCCCUCCUUUCAAAUAAUCGUCACCGACGCUCAAAACAAUAUCAUCCAGAAGGAGGCAAUUCAGGAGAACAAGGAAACCAGCCAAAGGAUUAAACCCAAACCCAGCACGAAAACAAAUUCAAACUCAAACUCAAACCCAACGUGUAAUCUCAUUCAGCGCCCUCUGCGCCGCUCUGUGAGCUCCUCGAGCGGCAAACCGCUGGAACACCGCAUCCUCAGCACUGGUGCUCCGAUUUACAAGGCCCGACCUGUCAGGGUUUUGCCCGCCUCCAGCAGCGAUUCGAGCUUUUCCAGGGGCAAAAUGUCACGACCCCAAAUACUGCAUGUGGUGGAUGGACGUGGAGGAGUAGCGGGCGGAGGAGCAGGUGGCACCCUGCGAAGGAGGAGCAGUGGCAGGAGCAUAGCCAGCACAAUUAGCUCGCCGGGUGGCGAGGUGGCUAAUGAAUAUCUGCAAAAAGUGGAUGCAGUCCGAUGCUAUUGGAACAAACUGGCGGGCAAUGAACCGGAAACACUAAAAACAGAGCAGCCGGCAAAGGAAACCCAGCCAGGCAUUCACUUCCAGUUGGGUGGAGAGACCACAACACAAGGCACGGAUAAAUCCCCAGUUGGCAAUGAUUUCUGCAGCAUGAUGCCGCAUCCCUCUAUUGAAAUUGUAGAACUAGGCGAGGGUGCCCAGAAGGCCACCAUUGUAAAGGCUGCUCCGGAACAGGAGGACGAUCCCGAUGAGGAUCAGGAUCAGUUCGACCACAUAAGGUAUAAGGUACUGAAGUCACAGCAACUGAUACGCAACAAUUUCCUCUCCAGCAGAAAUAAAAAGGAGGCCCAGUUUGAUGGUCUCAUUCAGUACCUGCAGGAAUACAGCUUCCAGGAGCUGCUGAGCAACAAUAAUGUGGUGAUAGUUGAGCCUGUCAGGACCAAGAUAGAACGACCUUUGCAGGUUGGGAUUACCAGUGGUUCUACGACUACGCCUACGUCUGUUCCACCUCCGAAACCUCCUCGGGUUGUAAAUGCCUCAGCUUCGCAGCCACGAAAAACGCGACAAAGACAAAUGGGAGGAGCUGCUGCCAAACGACAUUUCUUCUACCAACCCGUACGGGUGAAUAGAGAGCUCUACGAGGAUGAGCUACCAGAUCCCGAUACAGUUCGCAAUGUUCGUCGCUUUUUCGAGCAGAAUGUUCUGCCAACUCCUGGUCAGGGAUUAUUGGUGCAAUCCCAGCAAAAGUUUGGGGGCUCAGCCUGCCAAUUGAGUCCCAAGUCUAGGAGAGCUAGGGGUUACCGAUACCUGACAAUCGAUACGAGUUAUGGAGGAGCAGAAGAACAACCCAAAGGCAUGGAGAUGCUGGAGGAGCACAAGGCGAAGCACUGGGACAAUGCCAGCCUAUCAAGUGGAAUUUCCAGUGGUGAUUUAAGUUCCCCCUGCGGGGAGUAUCAUCAUCAGGAAUCUCCAGUUAUGGCUUGCAAGGAUGUUCAUGUUCAGGACGUUGUUCGGAGGCACAAUAGCAAUGCUGCCAAUGCCAAAGCUCGAGCUAAAUUCGCCAGCCGACGCACCUGGUGCAUGGGUGCUGGAGGACCAGGAGCAAAUGAAUCCCUUUAUCGGCAGAUUUAUGAAAAUAAUUUGGAAAACUCUGAGCAGCAGGAAAAUGAGGAACAUCUGGAGGAAGAGGACGACGAACAGGAUGACCAGUACGAGGACGAUGUAGAGCAGGACAUGUGCGAGAACUAUUACGUCAGCAAUGACGUGCUGGCCAAGAUAAGGGAGUGCGGCUCAACUGUCACCUACUACGGAGGAAGGGUGCUGGAGAAGACCGCAACCAGCAGCACAGUUCCGUCCACAAAAACCACUCAGCCGAUGACGGGGAGUGCCACCCGCUCCCGAAUCCGUCAAAUCGAGGCCUGCAAUGUGUGCCUCCCGAGCGAGAGAUGCGAACAUCGACUGCAAACCAAACAAGCGGCAGCUGAACAGCAGCAGGACUCCUAUCAAGGCAUCAAAUUUAAGCUGGUGAAGUCGAACAGCUGCAGCAGUCGGCUGGAGUUGGCCGGAACUGGAGAGGAUGAGGUCACCGCCGACAGCGAGGUAGUUCGAAAGAUGGUACAUCACUUCGAGGCGAAUCGGACGACGGCAAGCAAUGAUGUCCAAGUGACCAUCAACAGUCAGAGUCAGAUAACGUCGGCGAAAAAGGAGCCGGAGGAGGAUGUGCUGCGCCGCCAAGUGACAGUAAAUAAUCACAUCAAUGUGCUUGGGGACACGAUGCCGCAGGAGUCGCAAGAGCCCCAGGAUCCCCAGGAGUGGCCUGAAAACUUUAAUGGCCGGCCGGAGGAGAAUGGUUAUGGCGUUGUGGAGACUGUGCCCACAUACGAAAGUCAAGCCAUGAACAUACGCCUCGACUCCAGUGAGAAUAAGAAUAUCCUGCAAACUGCCGCUGCGACUGCUGUUGCCAACAAAGUUUGCCGCAAUAAAAACGUUGACUUGGCCUACACGCUGGUGAAGACAACGACAAAUCCUCCCAAGGGCAAGCCCAUCGAAGCUCCGCGCCAGAAAAUUGGAAAACAGCUGCGCGAAGUUGAGGAAAAUGCGGAAAAAGCAGCCGUGACAAAGGCCGCCAUCAAGCUGACGAAGGCCGCACCAUCGCAAAUCAUUGUGCCCGUGGAUAUUCACAGUCAGGCCUCGAUAGUAACACACACUGCUCCAAUUCCGGAGCGUCGAUUGAGCAGUGCCAGCAGCAGUAACUCUGUGGUGGACAAGUCCGUGGUUCGGCACUAUGUGGCCAAUGAUAGGAGCAUCUAUGAGCGGCGCAAGUACGAUGAGAUUGAGUUCGAGGAGUUCGAGGUCUACGAUCCCAGCAAGGAGCCACCACCACAAGUGGAGGAAGCCCCCGAAAAAGUACCCACAGAUGCAGAGCUCUACGACAGCCUGGACGACAAAAUGUAAUCGGCAAACUAAUGCUCAAUGAAGACACAAAUGGCAACGACGACUUCUUGGGGUUUCGGGUUAAAGCUUAAUUCUAAAAACUUCUCGUAGUUAACCAUAUUGGUAGCCUAAUUUAGCUUUACAGGUAAAGCCAAAAGAUUAUACCAUAAAAUAUCCAAAGUAUGAUAUAUAUAUAUACGUAUAUUUAAUCUUAAUUUGCAAAACAAACUUUUGUCCAGCUGUACAUUGUAAGCUUAUGCUUAAAUAAAUAUGCAAUUUAUUUA